AUGCCCGCUGCACAUUGGCUGGCAGGUGAAGCAGGGGUCGGUUCUCAAACAGUCCGUCGUGAGCCAAGCCUUGACGCGGAUCAAUGUCGGACGCUGUGGCGGCUGUCGAUGUUCGUGUCAAACUCCGCCUGUUUCACUGUUGGCCAGUCAGAGCUUUUGAUCCGCGAUUCCGCGGCCUUGCCACAAGUCGGGCUCGACCUGUCGCAUGCUCUAUGUGCAUCUUCUGAAAAUUUUCGUGAGAGCUCUCUGUAA